AUGCAUACAUCAUCAGACAUCAAGGACACAAAAGACAAGUCAGACAUCAAUUGUUUUUGGGAGUGCACCAACCGCUGCUGUAACGCCUCCACCUGUGCCUUCAGUGAGGGCUCUCAGUGUGCAGAGGGAGAGUGCUAUCUUGGGCGCUCUCGUGAGUGUCGACGCAAACGUGAUGAGUGUGACCUGGCUGAAUACUGUGACGGUGCGAGCGCAGUCUGUCCAGAGGAUGUGUUCAGUGUGAACGGUCUGCCCUGUGACAACACAAAGGGAUUCUGCUACAACGGAGAGUGUCCCCAGAGAAGCCGCCAGUGCAACAAGAUGUACGGGCCAGGUGCCAUAGAGGGCCGGGCCGACUGCUUUCAAAUCAACACAGUGGGACAGUACUACGGCUACUGCAAACGACCUUCUAAUACCCAAUACAUCGCCUGCCCACUACAAGACAUAUACUGUGGGAAGCUCUUCUGUCACAACGGAACUGAAUACUCCACUUACGGAGGAUGGUUAAAAGUGGGUGACUGUAAAGCGUCGCACUUCGCAGACUUCACCAAAGAUUACGGACAAGUCGAAACUGGGACAAAAUGUGCAGCGGGAAAGGUGUGCAUCCAAAACCAGUGUGUGGACCUGGAGACGGCCUACAAGACAGCGGCCUGCUCAGCCAAGUGCCCGGGCCGCUCACUGUGUAACCACCGGGGGGAGUGCCAGUGUGAACCGGGGUGGCUGCCUCCCUACUGCGACAAAGAAGACAAGACGUACAGCUCGGUCACGGUCCAGUAUCUCAGUCCUGGUGCGAUUGCUGGCAUCUCUAUAGCUGUGAUCUUAGCAGUGUCUUGCAUCGUCGCUGGGGUCGUUUUCUUUUUAAAGAAAAACUAAAACUACUGCUCUGGACUCCCGACAUACCAAGAAUAUUUUACAUCCAUCCUCUCAACAAAAGAUCUGACGGUGCCACCUCCUGGACACCACUGGAAACUGCAUCUUGUUAGACAAAGCUCGAUUUUUUUCACUCUAGUUUUAGAUUUUUUUAAAUUACAGUUAUUCAUAUUUUAAAUCAGAACAAUCCAAUCAUCAUAUGAACUCACUGAAUGCUAAUUUUGAAAUCUCUGUACACUGUUUUGUUCAAAAAAUUCAAACUAUUUCCGGAUGUGAUUUUUGUCAUAUGUACUGUCACCACUUUCACGUGUGCUGGGCAUCGAAUAUUUGAGGAUGCAACAAAGAUAAAAGCUUGUAAUAAAGGUGCACAGGGUGGAGUCCAUCGUCUUACAGGAACUUUUGUUGUUUAAAGUGCCUUGAAAAAACAUGCGUUCCUACUGAGAGGACUCGCCUCAAAUCAGAUCCGAUACUUGACCCUGAAGCGUCACUCGUCUGGAGAUAAAGCCUCUAUUAAAGGAACUGUAUGUGUGUCCCCUGAUAUGAAAUAGUUGUUCAAGUCAAAUAUAUCUUUUACUGAUAAUUGUAAUGUUGAUCUAUUCUUAAUUACAAAAACAUUGGACACGAUGGCCAAGUUGUGUAUGUUAUAGUUUGGUGUUUAGAUUUUUUCUCAUGAUGAUUAUACAAUCACAAAGCAGAUUGACCCUCAUAUGAGUUCACUCAUCUGCGUUGCCAGUUUCAAUGCUGAAAUCCAGUUGGUUUAAACCUAAAAUAACUCUCUCCGAUCUGAAUAGCCACUCCCUAAACCUCAGCACCUGCAAUCAAUCAUGAAUCAGUGCUAGUGCAGCCUCUUCAGCUCAGGGAGUGAAUUCUGGAGGUUCUGAGGUUUUACAUGAGGCCUGUCCAUAAACUGAGAAUGAGACAAACAUGUAUGUGUCUCUAUCUGCAGGUUACGGCUCUGGCCACCCAGGUUCAGUUGUGAUUGUAGUACUUUCUUAAAAGAGCGCAGGAUACACACAGUUCCCUUAAAACUGAGGUAUUUCAAAACUUCCCAAAGCGCUGAACUAGGUCAAUGUCCAAUAAAUAAAUAGAUUUAAAAUAAUAACACAGUUCCUUAAAACACUUUAAUUAGUUUUAUUCCUUCAAGUGAUACAUCUAAAAGAGCUCAUGGCGUAGCAUGACAAAUACAAUUUACAGUUCAACCCUUUUCACAACUAAAAACAGAACAAUAGAAUUUCAUACAUUCUUCAAAAUAUGUUUCUGACCUAAAGGAGGUCGGAGCGCCGUAUGGAUUACCCAGAAAAGCCAGACAUGGAUGUAAAUCAAAAAUACUUCAAUUCAAAAGAAAAAAAAAUGAAAUGAAAUAAGUAUUGGUACAUUUGAUUUAAAUCUUAAAAAUAGGGCAAAGUUACGCAUUUCAUUUUUCAAGAAGUUUUAAAUUAAACAAAUAAAAUAAUGAAGCAUGACAAUCCAGCCAACUCUGAUAUAUUUUGAACGUCUCACUCAAAUCCUCACCCAUUUUUUCUUGCGCUAAAAACAUUGACACAUGAAAUAGUUAAUUUAAAAAAAAAGAAAUCUUAAAAAUAUGUGUCCCAUCCAAUAAUGUACAGCUUUACCCUUCUAUCAUUUCCUCCUCAAAAAUAAUCCUGAACAUUUACUCUGCCUCCAUGUCCAGAGUUUGAAAUGUUCGGUUCCACCUAGUGAUGUAAUUAGGUGUGUGGACCAAUGAAGUGUUCCUCUGUAUUUUUAAAAAACGACAUACUUCACUUCACAUUUUGAGGACUUUUAACAAUGCAUCAAGAAGAACCGAUUCGAUUUGGGGCAGAGCAAAGCUAGCUAACCAUAAGCUUGCGUAGGUUACUUGAUUAUCACUCCCCAGUUUGAGUCAUUUACCAAAUUUGCUUCAAUCAAACUGUUAGCUGUCGUCUUAAUUCUCCAUUCUUUCAAGCUGAAUACAGUUCGCAAAGAAAGUUUCAUCAUUUUUUGAUAAUGACACAUAAAACACCGCAUCUGCCGAGAUCAACA